AUGGGUGACGAGAAGGCAGUCAAGGUGGAGCCGAUCAAGUCCGGUCCUAGGACUGACCAGGAAUUGAUGGCGCAUAUGGCAGCUCAGGUUGGAGAUGGCAGGCUGUUCAAGAUGGAUGUUGACUACACCAGUCAGGUCGACGAAGCUAUUCCGAAGGCAAACGCCAUUGCUGCUAAAGGAGAUGUUGCUGCGGCAUUGGACUCGUUGGCCAAUCUUGAGAAACUUUCGCGACUCGGUUCAGAUAUGAAAAGCAACACAAGGAUUGUUCAGCAUAUGGUAAAACUAUGCUUUGACGGCAAGAAGUGGGACCUUUUGAACGAUACAAUACUUACCCUAUCAAAGAAGCGAUUGAUUAUCAAAGUGGCUAUUGCUAAAAUGGUUCGCGAUGCUUGCGAAAUGGUGGAGAAGAUGCCAAAUGAAGAGACAAAGAUGAAACUCGUCGAUACACUGCGCACUAUAUAUGUCGAAGUUGAAAGGGCUCGCCUGACCUCUCUUGUAGUGAAAAAGAUGGAAGCGGAAGGUAAGAUCGAGGAAGCCGCCAAUCUCAUUUUAGAGUUGCAAGUUGAAACUUAUGGAUCAAUGGAGAUUAAAGAGAAGGUGGAAUUCCUCUUGGAGCAGAUGCGGUUAUCUGUUGCCCGUGCCGAUUACAUCAGAGCUGGGAUUAUUUCUAACAAAAUUAGCACGAAAUUCUUCAACAGCGACAAAGAGGAAGUCCAAGAUCUGAAGAUUCGCUUCUACAACUUGAUGAUCACCAUUGGCCUUCAGGACUCGAAGUAUCUGGAUGUCUGUAGACAUUAUAGAGCUCUUUUCGAUACGCCCAAGAUUGCAGCUGAUACUGAGAAGUCACGACUAGUCUUGAAAUGUGCUGUAAUUUACUGCCUAUUAGCUCCCCAUACGAAUGAGCAAUGGGAUCUCCUCAAUCGCAUCUCUUUAUUAAGAGAAUUGGAACUAGUUCCCGAGUACAGGACACUGCUCGAGUUGUUUAUCAACCAGGAAUUGAUCUCUUGGAAGAAUGUAAUUGUACGUGUUUACGAGAAGACGCUGAAGAAAGCACCAAAUGGAACAGGGAUUUUCGAUGGAAAGGAUGGGGAGAAGCGAUGGAAGGAUUUGCACAUGCGAGUUGGGGAACAUAAUAUGCGAAUGAUCUCAAAAUACUACACCCAGAUCACAUUUGACCGAUUGGCAGAGCUGCUCGAUUUUCCACUUAAUGAUAUGGAGUCAUUCCUGUGCAAUUUGAUUGUAACCGGUGGAAUCACAGACGCGAAAAUUCAUCGCCCGUCAAGGGUUGUGAAUCUUCGGGCACGCAAAGCUAACCUGGAACAACUUGACCAGUGGGCAAGUAAUGUUCAGAAGCUCACUGAAACCUUGAACAAAGUUGGUAUUUCUGCUUAA